AUGCCGGCAAAGAUCCCAUUCUUCGACCCCUCGGAAUCGCUGCAACAACGAUGGCGCGAAGCCACCUCUUCUAGCCGCAUCACCGCCCAGCUCUACGUCUUUGUCCUCAUCAUCACCAUCGGCGUGUUGCGACAGUUCCUGUACCCCACCUCGUCCUCGUCCAAGCCCAGCGGAACCUUUGGUGCUGUCUCCCCGCCCUCUGAACCAGGUGCGGAGGAUGAAACGGUCGGCGAGAUCGCAGAGCUCUUCAUCUACCCCAUCAAGUCGUGUGCGGGGGUUUCGGUGUCUGCAGUCGAUCUCACAGAGCAGGGGUUCGAUCUGGAUCGGCGAUGGAUGGUCAUCCGCACCGCAAAGGAUGGAAAGCUGGAAAAAAUCAGCUUGCGGGAGGAGCCUCGACUGACGCUCAUCCAGCCGGUCAUCGACGAACGCGCCAACGCCCUAACACUGCGCUUGACCGAGGCAGGACAGAGAGAGGAGAAAGCUCGCACGCUCGGCGAGACUGUCACACCGCUUCGACCGACACCCUCCGCGUUGAAAGCAUGGAAGCAGGUUCCCAGCGUCGAGAUGUGGGGCGACUACGCAGACGGCAGAGUCGCAGAGCUGCCGGACGGAGGCACGCGCAAGUUAAGCCCCAGCGAGUGGAUCAGCGAGUUCCUCGGCUACCCUGUGCUUCUCAUCCACUUUGACACCACAUCCAGCACGGCCCGCAAUGCGUUUCCGAUCUUCAAACCGCCCUCCGACUCACCCUCAUGGUCGGGAAACGAUCUAGCCGAGCUCCAGCGCAGACGCGGGAUCGAGUUUCAAGACGAAUACCCCCUUCUCGUCGCCUCUCAGGAAUCGCUUGAUUAUGUCCGCUCGCAGCUGCUCGCAGCGGUGAAAGCGGGGAACGGCGGCGACGGUCGAGGCGGACGUGCCAUCACGGGUAUCGAUCCACUCAAAUGGUCCGACCCCACCGCGCUCUCCAUCGCACGCUUCCGCCCCAAUAUCGUCGUCAAGGGUAGCAGCACCACCACCCUGAGCGCAUUCGGCGAAGACUCAUGGGAGCGCAUCUGGAUCCUUUCCCACGCACCCCUCGAUGCCCCUGCGGAUCCCAACGAAUCCAAAGCCAUGCUGCAACUCGUCGCGCGCUGUCAACGAUGUCUGCUCACCGCCGUGGAUCCGAUCACAGCCGAACGCGAUCCAAGUGUCCCGCUCAAGCUGCUCAAUCGCAGUCGCAUGAGGGUCAAGAAAUCCGCCGGCGUCCAAGGGGGCACCGGAAGAGCCGGUCCGUGUUUCGGCAUGUACGCCAUUCCUCUCCCGCUCAGUCGAGCCAGUGUGCGAGAAGGCGUGUAUGGGCAUCUGCAGACUGGCGAUGCAGUCAGAGUCCGUUGGCGACCCUACGAGCUCGACGACGAACCGGAUCGAAAACGCAUCGCUCAGCAAUGA